AUGGAAACAGACCUGCAAUAUUUUAAGGGCUUGUAUAAAAGACCUAUAUUUGAUGUUUUCAAUCAGCUCAUAACGACAGGAUUCGUUUUAAACACAGGAUAUUGGUGUUUUUUUAGUACCUUUAAGGGACAAUGCUUGUGUGUUUGUGGACGUUAUGGUACAUAUUGCCGCCAUAUUCGUAAUCCCCAUCACUGGAUUGACAUGGAACCAAUAGAUGCUAAAGAAAAUGACUACACGUUUUAUCCCAAAUAUUUUGGAAGCAUUUGUCCAACAGAUUAUAACGUGGCCAUUGAACCGAUAAAUGAAUAUCAACCUGGCUACCACAUUAUCAUUAAUUUAACCGUGGAAUACAAAAAAUUAGGACGUGGGAGGCCUCGUCGUACAGAUAAGGAUAAACCUACUACUUUUGAUCCUCGAAACGCAAAGCAAAAAUUUGAGACUGCUAUUUAUGCAAGGUAA